AUGAUGUUUCGCUUUUCACGAGAGCUUCCGGGAUUUGUGUAUUUAGGAAGGCUUUUAUCUUUAACUUCGCUUAGAUUUUGCAGGAAAAUGAAUACAGAAGCAGUUAUUGACAAAAGGAUACCUGAUAAGUGAGUAUAUCUUUCUAUUACCUCUUUAUAUCAAAAGGAACUUUGACCAAGUUGGUUUGUGUGGUGUUCUUCGUGAGUCUUCAAUCUUCGAUUAUAGAUUAAGUGUCUCCACACUUAAUCACCCCUGAAUCAAACAUAAAGUCACGAGAGUAAAUGAAAUGAUCACCAACUGUAGCAGCUGUUGACUGUUGAUUAAAUUUCCAUGUCAGUGCCUUAAAAAAUGUGUAGAGAAUAGCGUGGAGAAGAUGCAUACUGACGUUAUGGUGUAAAAGGCUUAAAGAACGUCAUCAGUCAUUGUCAUCAUAAAAUGGAAUGGUGUUAUGCCUCUCUAAAAGACAUGACUAUUAUAAAAGAUACCAUAAAAACCAUCUGGAUAUGAGAAGGAACUACUUUUUCAGUGAACUGUAUCACGAUUUAAGUAAGCUGGACCUGCAUGCUACAAAAUUGAUAACUAUCCACCUAUGUAGAGAAAGACGUUUUUUUUUCGUCUUGUCACGUGCACACUAUCCUCCUAUUUCUUGGAUUUGUGGCAUACUACAAAGGGCUGAGACUCAAAAAGGUAUCUUCAGAAACUUUUGACGGUGGCCAAUUUAAUUUGACAGUUGCCAAUUCCUUUGACCCCACCAAUGACUUUAAAUCUACCCCUUAAACUUUGUUAUCUUUGUAGUACCCCCCCCCACCAAUGCAGCACCUCUUUUUCUUUAUAAUCUUACCCCCUUCUGACAAACCAAGUGGUCAAACACAAAUAACAUAUUUUUGUUCACAUAUAAUGUUAAAAGACAGGUUUGUUUGACGUAUUUUAAAAACCUUUUAAAACCCCUUGAAUUUGAUAGGAAAUGUUAAGAUUGUUUGUCAGCAAUGAUCAGCAAUGACUUUGAUUUAUUUUAUAACAGGUGGAGAGACUAUAAACCAUGUGGAGUACCCAUACCAGGAGAGAGGAUUAUUGCAUUUAAGACACCUUUGUCACAUGUAAGGUGAAAUAACAACAUGUCAGUGAUUUCUGAAAUGAAGUAUCACUCAUAUUGUCAAGAUAUCAGUACUGAAAACAAUCACCAACUGCUGUCUUUUUUAGCACUACCCUACAUCUUAGAACUGACAGGGCUUUGAAUUUACUUAGAAAUACUAUCUUGUUGCAGCGAUAUGACAAUGAAAGUGAUCAAGACAAUGGAAUCAAACCGCAUGAAAGGUAGGUACAGUGUUAUUUACUAGACAUGUGGAUGCUAAUUUUUUAAAAUUUCUGUUCACAUUUUUUCAUCACACACUUUAAAAACUGCGCUUUCAAUAUCUUUCAUCAGUUUUUAAUCUUUUUUAAGGUUUACACCGAUGGAUCUGCUGAAUUGCCUUAACCGAAAGCAUAUAAAACUUGGAAUGGUUGUGGACUUCACUAACACUUACAGAUAUUAUAAUUACAGGGUAUGUAGAUCAAAGAAUGAUGUUAGCUUCUUUUUUUCAUACAUAUUUUUCAUACAUUUAAUACAGCAACUCUGUGGGAGGAAAAAUAAGUUAAAGGUUAUUGCAAUGGUGUUCACAUUGAAAGAUCUUGAAAAUUAGACAAGCUUUGUUGUUAGGCAUCAUGAUUUCUACCAAAACAGUAAUAGAUUUAUUGAUCAUAUAUUGUUAAAGGAGCUCUCUGACCAUGGCAUACUUCAUUGCAAGAUCAAAUGUGUUGGAAAAGAAAUUCCAGAUGAAAAUGUGGUAACAAGGUAAGGAAUAAUUUGAAUAAUGGAAUUGGGAUCUGGAUAACUGUUCUUGGUACAUUUAAAAAGCAAUGUUACAUUCUUCCAAAGGUUUAAGACUGACGUCUGCAGCUUUCUGGAUAAGAGGAGUAACUCAGGUGAGAAACAUAAUGGCGCAAACAGUUUACUCCUUUAGUCUGUUGAAUCCCACAUGAUAUGUUACCAUCUUUAAUUUUUCUCCAGAUGCUGUUGUUGGGGUCCACUGUACUCAUGGUCUAAACAGAAGUGGUUAUGUAGUUUGUAGGUGAGAAGAAGUGACAUACAAUAGUACAAAAAGUGAUUUCAUUAUGUGAUUGGGAAAUUCUAUUUCAACAAAGAAUAACAUUUGAGUUUCAACUGAUGUAAUGAAUCCACUUGUUCAUUUUAGAUAUCUUAUUGAAUGCAGAGGAUACACCCCUGAAGAGGCUAUCAAAGGUAAAAUAAGCUGUGAGGUCAAAGACAAAAUCUUUUCAGAUUUCAAGAUAACAAGUUGAAUAAUCAAUGACUUUGCUCUGUGAUUGGUCCUGAAAAGUUGAAUCAAAUCAAAGAGAUUGCCCUCGUUUUCUCGUUUUGUUUUUGAGUUCUCAUUUUCAAAGGUAUUUUUCUUUCUUCUGAUUGGCUGUUGUGGUUACUCUAGUUUUGGUUUUACGAUACUCAAUCGAAAAGCGCUCAACUGAGUAAACCUCUCAUUUACCUAAAACGAAAAUAGCUAUUUUCGCCGUCAUCUCUUCUUUGACCAGAUUGUUUCUGAAAGUAAUCUGCUAACUUGCUUUUUAUUUCCAAUCUGUUGAGACCUACUGUUGUGAUUAAUGAAGUUAGAAUAACACUUAGAAACUUUUUUUGUUCUUAAUUACUUUUCCAGCAUUUAAUAAAGCUCGAGGACAUGAUAUGGAGCGUGAGAAUUACCUGGAGGAUCUUCAUAAAAAAAUCCCCGAAUUGUGAGUUAACUAUUCAAUUUCUUUUUACACGAUUUUGUUACGCUAAGAUAAAUGCACGUCACAAAGUAAUGUAUGGCAAGCCACUUCCUGCAUACCAUUUAAAUUUGUAUGAAAUUUUGUCACUUUUAAUAGCGAUUUCACGUCUUUCGUUCGUGUUGGGGAUAACCGGAAACAGGACGAAAUUCAAUUUGACAGACCAAGACAUCUCCAUACCAACUCAAGAUAUGCCUCAAGGAACGACGCAUUUGAAGAGAACAAAACAAACUCGAGAUCUUCUAACUACAUCAGGGGAAGUACAAGUGGUUACAACGACUUCAGAUCGCGUUAUCAACAAGUCGAUCGUUAUCAACCUACAGGCACCCCAACCCAACGUAGACAUUACACGGAAAGGAGGUUUAGAAGCGAACGACACAGGGAAGAUAAUCAUGAUACUUAUUCUCGCUACGAUGAUUCUGAUAGAACUUAUUAUAAUCCUGAACGUGACCAUCGUAAUUAUCCCGAAAGGAAUUAUAAUGAUCGCGGUGAUGGUUAUUUUUAUUCUGAUAAUUACUGUGAAUAUGGUAGGAAAUAUGAAACAUAUGCAAGCUCCAGUCGACCUAGAAGAAGUCGAGAGGACUCUUUCAGGCGCGAUCACGUGAAGAGAACUUCCUUAGUUAGGGAUCGACCGAAGCCAUACACUCAGCGCAGAAAAGAACGUUCUUAAAACUAAAAGGUUAGGGUUCAUUAUUAUUUUUACUUCAAAGGGCUUAGAUGAUCUAGUGUGCCGUGACGGGUUUCCUAAGUCAUGCCACCUUCACGAACGAUCAGAUUCAAAACUAGAAUCAAUCGCGACUUGUUUCCAUUCCUUUCACCCAGCUACAGGUAGUUGGUUCGUUGUUGCUUCCAGUCAUUAGGAUUACUUCUGGUUAUUGCUUUUCGACAGCGUCCUAAGAUUCGUGUAUUGUAAGCUACCACAUUUUAAUCGAAAAAAUUUUAAUCGCUCAGUUAUACCUUAAUAUUAGUCUUUUUACUUUAAAAGUUCCCAGUUUAGAAUAUAAGCUGAGUUUUUCAGUAGAAAACUGUCACGACGUUGAAAAUGAUUUUUUUAGUGCUAGUAAUAGGUGAGGACGCUUUGAUAUCUUAAUAUUUUAUGAUAUGUAUCUUAUACUUAGAGGUGGAGUGGAAAAUAUAGCUGAAAACCGACCAGAGUAAUUUUAUUUAAAUCUGUAUAAAUACGUUUUCAAAAGGAUUGGGUAUCAGAAAGAAAAAAGCUAACAACUAUUUUCCCUCUGAAACGCUAAAUUCUUUGGACAGAUGCAGUCACCCAGAUAAAAAGGGAAUCACUAAUUACGUCCUCAAGACUGUUUGAAAAAUUUACUUCUGGUCUACUUGCUCUGAUUUUGGUUAUUUAAAAACAAAGCUGACAUUUUAGAAGUGAUGGAACACUUAAAAACAUUUGAACAGAUGACACUGAAAUACAAACUGGCAAAAAAAUUACAGGCAACGUAGCUUUAUACAUUUGAAAUCAAUACUGAAAGGGCUGGUGUACUCACGAACAUGGAAAGCAGAGUAUUCUUUGACUAUUGUAUGUUUGAUUAUUAUUAAAAGUAAAUUACUAAUUUCAAAGUCUC